AUGGAACACCAACAAGACAUCGCCUGCGUGCUCGACUACUGGUUCCCGCCGCCCUCGGCCGACAGCAAUCCGACCACGAAGUGGUUCGCGCCACCCAACCCAGAGGUCGUUGACGCGGAGAUCCGGACCCAGUUCGCGUCGCUCGUCGAGCAGGCCCGCAACGACUCGCUGGACUCGUGGGGCUCGACUCCCCUCGGCUCGCUCGCCCUGAUCGUCCUCCUCGACCAAUUCCCCAGAAACAUCUACCGCGGCUCGGGCCUGGCGUACGCCUCGGACUCCAAGGCCGUGGACCUGGCCGUGGCCUCGGUGGCCAGGGAGUUCGACCGCUCGACCGCCGACCUGACGCCGCUCAUGGCCAUGUUCUUCUACCUGCCGCUGAUGCACGCCGAGAGCCUGGUGCACCAGGUGGCGGGCAUCUCGUUAUUCGAAGGCCUCGCCGCGAGGUGCACGGCUGGCUUCUGGGCAUCGUCGCCUUCGCCUCGUGCGGCCGUCGAGGCCGACGAGGCGGCCAAGUUCGUGCAGUUUUCCUGCGACUUUGCAAAGGCCCAUCGCGACGUCAUUCUGCGCUUCGGCAGGUUUCCCAGUCGGAACGAGGCGUUGGGGAGGCAGAGCACCCCCGAGGAGGUCGAGUUCUUGAGCCAGAACCCCGCCGGGUUCGUGGUCUCCAAGCGAUAG